UUGAUUUUGUGAGAAGGACCACAUUACACGUAGGCAUAUCCAUUUAUAUUCUUUUUCCCUUUCCUUCAUCUUACUCAUUCAUUGCAUCCAAUUCCUAAACAAAAUCUCUAACCUAACAAACCCAAAUCGUUACAAAAACCCCUUUUCUCGUUUUCAAUUCCAACCAACAAAAAAAAAAUGAGUCUUUGAACUUGUUAGUGUUGUUGUUGAAGAUGGCGACGGUUCCUUGGCAUGGUAUCAGUUGUUGUUUGAGUGCUGCUGCUCUUUAUUAUCUCGGUAGAACUAGUGGCAGGGAUGUUGAUAUGCUUAAAUCUGUUAACCGGGUCAAUCAGCUUAGGGAGCUAGCACAACUGUUGGAUGGAGAAAUACUUCCCUUGGUUGUUGCAAUUUCUGGAAGAGUUGAUUCUGAAACCCCAAUUAGCUGCAAGUCCAGUGGUGUAAGAGGUGUAAUCGUUGAAGAAACAGCAGAGCAACAUUUUCUCAAACACAAUGAUGCUGGUUCCUGGAUACAAGAUUCUGCGUUAAUGUUAUCCAGGAGUAAAGAAGUUCCUUGGUAUCUGGAUGAUGGAACUGAUCACGUGCGUGUAGUUGGAGCUCGUGGUGCCACUGGUUUUGUAUUACCUGUUGCAAGCGAGGCAUUUGAAGAGUCGGGUCGGACACUUGUACGCGGAACAUUGGACUAUCUCCAAGGUCUAAAGAUGCUAGGAGUUAGGAGAGUUGAACGGGUACUUCCAGUUGGAACUUCCUUGAACGUUGUUGGUGAGGUUGCUAGAGACGAUGUCGGAACCAUUCGAAUUCAGCGACCCUCCAAAGGGCCAUUUUAUGUAUCUCCCAAAACAAUCGAUGAACUCAUUGCAAAUCUUGGGAAAUGGGCAAGUUGGUAUAAGUGCGCUUCUGUGGGCUUGACAGCGUUGGGUGUUUAUAUGAUAGCCAAUCAUGCUAUUCGAUACAUCUUGGAAAGACGGCGUCGCAACGAAUUGCAGAAAAGGGUUCUCGCUGCUGCUGCUAAGAAAUCUGGACAAGAUAAUGAAGGUGAAAAGGCUGACAUUUUAUCCGAUAGUGCUAAAAGGGAAAGCGCAAUGCCAAAUUUGUGUGUAAUAUGCCUUGAGCAGGAAUAUAACUCUGUUUUUGUACCGUGUGGGCAUAUGUGCUGCUGUACAGCUUGCUCUUCGCACUUGACCAGUUGUCCUCUUUGCCGGAGACAGAUAGAGAAGGCAGUAAAGACUUUCCGUCAUUGAGUAUACCAUACAUAAACCGACAUGAGAAAUUGAGAAUAGGGAAUCAUACCCUAUGAAUCCAACAGUAACAAUUUAGUCGACGGUGAUUAUAUAAUUUACCUAAUUUUUAAUCCAUCAUCUAUGUCUGAGGAAUCUCAAAACACUUUCAAAUAAGCAUCAAGAUCAAAUAAGUAUCAAGAUGGUGACUUACUGUUGGUUCUUUUGGCAUCUUAAAUUGUAAAUAUUUACUAUCUUCUUUUUUACUUUUUGUUGGACUGUUCUGACAAAUGAUGUAACUUAUUCCAUGGAUUUCUGUAAAAACUUAUGUGUGUUGGUGAACACAUUUUGUUAAGAGAAAUGUUUCGCAGACGCUACUUUUAGUGUCUAACACCGUAUCUUAUACGGUUA